ACAGACAGACAGACAGGAGAAGAGAAAGACAUAAUGGACCUUGGUAUGCUGCUCCUGCUGGUACUCAGCAGUGCAGUCUGCCACAGCGCGGAUUCAACGUAUUAUGGCGGGACUAUGCGCUGUACAGUACCGGGAUACAUGCCCCCAGACUCGAAAUGGACAGGGGAGGUACAAUUCCACUACCGUGAGAAUGGCCGGGACAGGUGUGAACAGCAGUUCUCCUGGGAGUGCACCAGCGGCUACUGUAAUGGCAGUGCCAACCGACAAGGACCUGUCGUGCAGACCACCGACAAGGACCAGUCCGGCCAAAACCUCUGGUGCCAGUCGGAGGGACACUUCACUAGAAACUUCACUAGGGACCAGAAAACCCAAUCCUACACCCUGAGUGACUCAGGUUGCUGUUGGGGCUCCAAUGUCAAUGGAAAGACCAACUGGACAAUACACACCGAGGUGGAUUUGGGGUUACGGGUCAGCCCGGGGCCUCCAACCCAAAACACACCUCCUGUCACGGCAACUGUCCCAACCCUGCGAGUUCCUCAGAACUGCUUUUCCACUCUUCCUCUCUUGGCCUAUGACCCGGAUGGAGAUGACGUGAGGUGCCACUUCCCUGUGAACGUCGCACACCCCAACAUUACACUUGACAGGGUCCAGUGCACUCUGCAUGCCACGGGCCUGUUGGCUGUAGGGUUGCAUGUAUUUGAGGUGCUGCUGCAGGACCACCCCACUGUAGACGUCAACAUGACGGGAUAUAAAUGUAAUUAUACCAGAAAGGCCCUGAACGAGUCCUAUGCCAGAAGCCCGACUCCGACCCUGUUCAGCCAUGUGCCCUUGCAGUUUGCCGUGGACAUCCAGCCAGCUCUAUCCAACUGUCUCCCUGGCUACAUACGACCACAGUUCUUGACUCCAACACCUUCACAUGGGGAUGUCCAUCAUGCCGCUGUGGGUCACCUGUACCAACUCGAAGCCCGAGUAAAAACCGCCCAUGCCAAGACAUUUGACUUCCAGGUCAGCGGCCCUUCCAACAUGACCAAGAAGAUCCGGGAUGAGGGCGUUGGUGUCACGAGGCUCUUCCUGGGCUGGAUCCCGCAGGGAAGACACCUGAGACAAAACAUUCCCAUCUGUUUCACUGCCGAGACAAACGAGAGCCAGUCAGAGAUGAGAUGUGUGGUUGUGGUGGUGGCCAAAGCCCUCGCACUUACAGGUGAGGCGACUGUUUUGUGCACAGAGAAUAGGAUCAGCAUCGCCGUGAGCAAGGCCUCUCUGCCUGGGGUGGACAUGAAGUGGCUGCGUCUCGCCGACUCAUCCUGCUCCCUAACCUCCAACCAAACACACAUCAUGGGCACCAUGUCACUCAAAACCUGUGGCACAAAGAUGGAGGAUGCAGGUGACUUCAUGGUGUUCAAAAACGAAAUAAACUCCUUCGACGCGGUCAACGCGACCAUCACGCGCCGUAACCGGAUCAACAUCGGCUUCUCCUGCCGGUAUCCCAAGACCGUCAGCAUUUCCAACUACUACCAGAUCCACAGCUCCAACUACAUGUUCACAGAGUCCAACUUUGGUAGCUUCGGCUACACCUUUGAGGUCUUCAAGGACAGUAAGUUCACCCAGAAGGUGGAUCCCAGUGCUUACCCAGUGAAGGUGAAGCUAAUGGACAGGCUGUACAUGGGCAUCCAGGCCCAGGCCGAUCUGCCCAAGGUACAGCUGUUGGUGGAGUCAUGCAAAGCCACUCCGGAUGACAGCGCCAGCAGCAGUCUCUUCUACGACCUCAUCAAAGACGGGUGUCUACAGGACGAGACAGUCAAGGUUUAUCCCGGAAACCCAACCCAAUUCUACUUUGAGGUCCAGGCCUUCAAAUUCACUGGGAGCUACGACCAGGUGUUCCUCACCUGUACCGUCAUCCUGUGUGAAGUAGGAAACCCCACCUCUAGGUGUGACCAGGGCUGCCUGAACAAAGCCUCGCGGAGGCGCAGGCGAGAUCUCCCCAACGGAGAGACAGACAGGCACUACAUUACCCAGGGUCCUUUCCGUGUGGUCAGAGAGACCCAGCCCAGUGCAGACCAGAAGGCAGGUGAAAAGACCCGUGCAGCUCCUGUUGUCGACGUGGAAGCUCCAUAUUUUCUCAGAUCGGACAUGGGAACCAUAGUCUUUGCCGGGCUGUUCAUCAUGACCUUGAUUCUGUUGACUGUGGUCGUGGUCUAUUUUUUGAAGAAGAGCAGAGCUGAAGAACACGAGGCUCUCAUUGCAUAUGAUUAGAGAAAUAUAACUGGAUUUGUGCCUGACCAGGGUCACUUCUGGUUUUACCAAAAGUAAAGCACAUCUUUCAAAUGA